GAUACAUUAGAGGGUUUCACAUUGAUUCGUCGUUAUCCAAAAGGGAUUUCGUUUCUGCUUUGCACUUUUAAGACACUCUUCUACUCUGUUGCCCCUUACAUGUAUGGCCUUAUGAUGAUGGCGCAGACCAUCAGUGUGUUCAUGACUGUGGGAGUGUCGGUGCAUCGCUACAUCGGUGUGUGUCAUCCGUACAAGUCAGUCGAGUGGCUUCCAAAAAAGCGUGUCACCACAUUCAUCAUCAGCCUCGUCGUCUUUAGUAUUCUAUUCAACACUACACGCUUUUUUGAGGUAAGAAAGUAG